AUGGACGCAAAUUUGAGUAUGAUUUAUAUUUCUGCUUUAUUUUUACUACAAGCAUCUUCAAUCCUGGCUCAACCUACUGUUUUUGAUAUAAGAAAAUAUGGCGGAGCACCCAAUGGAGAUCUGACCUCGAGCUUAGAGAGAGCAUGGGAAGUGGCAUGUGCGUCGACAAGUGCAAGUAAAGUUUUUGUGCCAAAAAGUACAUACAAUUUGAGACAAAUAGAACUAAAUGAUCCUUGCAAGGCUCCUAUUGAGCUUCACAUUGAAGGCAACAUUGUAGCACCAGAAAACCCUAAUCAAUUCAAUGGAGAUUCCCAAUGGCUUAGAUUUGGAUACAUUGAUUCCUUUACCUUAUCUGGUGGUGCCACUUUUGAUGGUCAAGGUUCAAUAGCUUGGAACAAAAAUAAUUGUGCUAAAACUUGGAAUUGCAAGAAGCUUUCAAUGAAUUUCGGUUUCAGCUUCAUGAAAAAUUCAGUCAUCCGUCACAUAACAUCCAAAAACAGCAAACAUUUCCAUGUGAAUGUUCUAGGGUGCCAUAACAUUACAUUCAAUGAAUUCUCCAUUGAGGCUCCGGCAGAUAGUUUGAAUACAGAUGGAAUCCACAUUGGAAGAUCAACAAAAGUGAAAAUACUUAACUCAAACAUUGGAACAGGAGAUGAUUGUAUUUCAUUGGGUGAUGGAAGUAGACAGGUGAGUGUUGAGAAUGUGACGUGUGGACCUGGCCAUGGCAUUAGUGUUGGAAGCCUUGGAAAAUAUGAAAAUGAAGAACCUGUUGAAGGUUUCAUAGUGAAGAAUUGCACUUUUAAAAACACUGAUAAUGGUGUGAGAAUCAAAACUUGGCCUGGCACUUCAAUAAAUAUCCCAGUCUCUGGCUUGCGCUUUGAGAAUCUUGUCAUGAUCAAUGUCACCAAUCCUAUCAUUAUAGAUCAAGAAUAUUGUCCGUGGAACCAAUGCUCAAAACAGACUCCAUCAAAAGUAAAAAUAAGCAGAGUCUCCUUCAAGAAUAUUAGAGGCACAUCAACAACAAAGAAGGGAAUAAUUUUGAUUUGUAGUAGUAGUGUACCAUGUGAGAAGGUGAAACUCACUAAUAUUAAUCUCAAAUUCAAUGGGACUCCUGCAAUCGCUACUUGUAAGAACAUCAAGCCCCAAGUCUUUGGCAAUGUACCAACAUGUACUCCUUAA